CGACAUUGCCAACGUCCGAACCAUGGUGCCACGUCACAUCACAUUACUGUAGGCCCGCUCCCACGUGCAACCCUGAUCCCAUUGUUCUUUUGUUCUCGACUUCCACAUUCGGCGAUGACUGAUUCCGCGUAGCGGCACCUCCCGAACACAUGGAACGCUUCACCACCCUCGAGCCGGUCCGGCUUUACGCCUCCAACGCCGCCGGGCACUUUCUGAACACGCACACCCCCGCCGCACCUGCCCGCGCGCCGGAGAACCUCGUCGGGCGCCUGCCGAGCGAGCUGCACUACUUGGUGUUGUCGUAUGCGUCCGUGACGGAUAUCGCGGCGUACGCGCGCUGCUCGCAUGCGACGGCGGCUAUAGCACACGCCGAGCGCGUGUGGGAGCCGCGCUGGAAGGCGCUCCACGUCGAGGACCGCGGCCUCGGCGACGUCAUGGACGACCUCGAAGAGUGCGCAAAAGGUAAGGCAGCUGUCGCGAAGGCCGCGGCGCCGCCCACGCUUGCCGUCGACGACGACUUUGGCGACUUUUCGUCUGGGAGUAGCGGCUUCGAUGCGCCGACUGCUGAUGCGGACGAGAUGGGCGACUUUGUGGGGGCGUUUGGGAGCGUGUCUGUCGCGUCGAGUGCGCCGCUCAUAAAUCUGCCAUCUGCAAAGACGAUUCGUGCGAAGUACAGCCGGGCGCACAACCUGCUAAAACCGCUGACAAGAUUACUCUCGUCGCCACCACAUAUGGUUCUCUCGGAGUUGGCCUCGCAGGCUUCGCCGACAAUACGACAACAAGCAAAACUCCUGCGAUUACUUGCGUCUUUUCUAACGCCCGUGGUCAAUCCGCUGCACGGAUGGGAGUCCUUGUACUCCUCGCUGCGCCUCGCCAUUGACCGCUUUGACGCCAAUUUGCUCUCCGCGUUCGAUGUCGCUGACAGUCAAGGCGAUGAAGCUGGCAUGCGAGAGGCAGCUGAAUCCUCCUGGGCGAUUUACGACGGCACCGGCGACUGGGAGAUGGGCAAGGUCUGGACGGAAAAGCGGGAGAUUUUCUACGAACUUGGAAAAUGGAAUGCGCUGGACAAUUUAACAGAAGACGGUCGCCUAGAUUUCGACGCCAUGGACGGCUUCAUGACCUUCAUUCUCAGAGCUAUGAAGGAGCAUGGAUCCCGCGCUGCGCGCGUUUUUCCGCCAGAGUCAGAGGUCGUGCUGUUGUUUGCGACGCGUGUGGCCAACGAGCUGGUCGGCGAGUACGUGACGGAGCUACUGACGCGAGCUCGCGAUUUCUCGCUGGAUACCUACCUCAAAGCAGCAGCCGCAACGUUCCGAGAAUCGUGGAGGAUGGUGGACGCGAUCGCCGAGGCUGCGAGUGCGCGCCCGGAGAGUGUGCCACCGAGGACGAAGGUGGAGGACGUGGUGUAUCAGAUGUUCGAAAUAAACAUGGACGAGUAUCUGGACGACGAGAUCGAGUCGGUCAAGCUCGCCUUCGAAGCGAUUUGCAAGGAGUGGGAUAAGCAGAUGGCCCAAGCCGGCCCCCGAGCGUCCCAUGCCGACACCGCGGAGCCCAGCUUCCUCGGCUCGCAAAAUCCUGCGCAGAUGAAGCGAAACGUCCUCGCCUCCUUCACCGACGUCCUCCUGCUCCCCGUCACGAUCGUGCCGCGCACCAUGGGCGCGGUCGGCGGCGCCCUGAAAACAGGCGGCACGGCGGCGGUGCAGGGCAUCGCGAUGCUGAACCCACAGCGGUGGGGCGGGGCGCAGAAUGUCAAUGAUGGAUAUAGUAGGAAUUUGGAUCGAGAUGGCGAUGGGGAGAAUACGGUGUUUGAGAUUGGGGACGAUGAUUAUGAGGAGGGGGAGGAGGUGCAGACGCCGUCGAGGGCGUCGAUGGCGGAGUCGGUGAGGUCGGAAGCCACGACUUCCACCACCGCCGUCUCUUCAGCCAACAACCGCAGCAGCGUCGCGCCCUCCAUCGCCUCCUCAAAGACCACCCUCACCACCGCCCCCGCCCAAGCCGUGAACCAAUUCGAGCUCCUCCUCUCCCUCGACAUCGCCCUGCAACUCAUCCACGCUGACCGCGAGGCGCUCAAGCGCGCGGAGACCUUCGCCGGGUACCCGGGGCACUACGGGCACCGCGUGCGCGACACGAUCGAGGAGAUCUUCGUCCUCCUGCUGCAGGCGCUCAGCGAGAAGCACCUGUCGACGGGCUUCGCGGCGGCGAUCGAGCAGAUGCGGGCGUACCGACCGGCGGAGCAUGAGGAGACGACGAGUGUGGCGCCGCUGUUGCAGUUUUUCGAGCUGGUGCAUAUCGGGGAUACGAUGCAGAGUAUGGUGCAGGUGUAUUUUGAUAAGGAGAUGGCCUCGCAUAUCGACCGAACGGAUUUUUUGAACCCGGUGGUGAGGGAGAAGAAGCGGUUCGAAAAUGCGUUGGACGACUCUGUGGCGGCUGGGUUGAACGCGGGGACGGAUGUGCUGAUGAAUCAGGUAGAGCAUAUUAUCAUGACCCUGACGCAGCCGAGAGAGUACUACCCUCCCGAGGACAGCCCUUUGGAGCUAGGCCCGACAAAGGCUUGUACCGAAGCGAUUAAGUGCCUACAGAUGCACUGCAAGCUUCUGAAGGGCAGUACGAGCAAGGAAGUGCUCGAGGUGUUCUACCAGGAAGUCGGAAUCCGGUUGAUAGCGAUCCUGCAGAAGCACAUCAAGCGACAGAUUAUUUCGCUCAGUGGCGGGUUCCAGGUUAUCGCAGAUCUGAACACGUACCAUAAUUUUAUUGUGUCGCUGAAGGUCCCGAGCAUAGCGGCGGAGUUCUCUCAUCUAAAGAUGUUAGGACAUGUAUAUGUGGUCGAGGACGCGAAAGAUCUUGCACAGAUUGUCCGAGAUGUGACGCGGUACGGAGGGGCGUACAGGCCGGAGGACGUCUACGAGUUCAUUCAACGACGAUCGGACUGGAAGAAAAUCGAAAAGGCUGUAGAUAAGACGAUGUACAACCUCAGCUUUAAGGAGGACUGUGUUGUGUGCUGAUAUAUUGGGCGUAACAUAUAUAGGCGAUCCCUGACCGUUGGGAUCAGUCAGGACGCGGUGCCUCAUCGCCUGUCA